UGUGAGGAUGUGACAUCAUCUCUGGGUUCCCUCUAUCACUGCUGCAGGCACUGCCCAUUGCACAGGGUUGCUAUCCCUGUCUAUUGCUUGCCUUGCUGGUCUUGCUUCUGCCCUGGAGGGAAAGAAAGGGGUGGGUGGGGAUUUUGCUAAACCUUCUGCAGGCUUUCCAUGGCAUGCAAGUGGCCACUCCCCAAGAUGGAAGGAAAAGCUUUAGGAGGUGCAGAGGAAAAGGAGAGACAGAGAGACAAAGCAGGUGCUGAGCCCGGAUGUCAAAUUGAGAGAGAGUUCAAGAAGGAAGCACCAGAGGAAAAUGUGGAGAUACAUGAGCUGGAAGUAUCACUAAGCCCUGACCAACCAGUAAUAGUGCUAGGGAGCAAGAGCAGUGCUGGAAAACAAAUAAGGUGCCAUGAUGGCAUGACUGAAAAGGGAGCCGAGCUGCAUUACUCAAUCAGCUCUCAGAGCUUGAAUGACUGUGGCAGUCAGGCAAAGGUGCAGGAACAGCAGUGGAGAAGCCAGGUGAGAAGACGCCAGGCAAAGGAGUCUUCCCAUGAUCCUCCAGGGUUUAUCAACCUUUUAGGUAUCCUGGAACCUCCUCCUCCUCUUCCACCUCCUGCCCCCCGAAGGCCAGUGGAUAAGCCAUACCACUGCACUGAGUGCGGGAAGAGCUUCUCGCAGAGCUCUGUUCUCAUCGAACACCAGAGGAUCCACACAGGGGAGAGGCCCUUUGUGUGCAAUGUGUGUGGGAAGCGCUUCUCCCAAAGUUCAACCCUGAUGGGACACCAGAGGAUCCACACAGGCGAAAAGCCCUUUGCCUGCUCUGAAUGUGGACGAGGGUUUAGCCGGAGCUCUGCGUUGACAGAACACCAGCGCACCCACACUGGGGAGACACCCUUCCCAUGCCGAGAGUGUGGGAAGGCCUUCAGCCGUACCUCCAACCUUGUGAAGCACUUGCGCACCCACUCAGGCGAGAAGCCAUACACAUGCACCCUCUGUGGAAAGCGCUUCUCCCUGAGCUCCAAUCUCCUCAAGCAUGAGCGUACCCAUUCAGGCGAGAAGCCCUUCCCCUGCCCCCUCUGUGGCAAAUGUUUCAAGAAGAAAACCCACCUGGUGUCUCAUAAUCGCGUGCACACUGGGGAGCGGCCUUACCGGUGUGAAGAAUGUGGGAAGUGUUUCUCCCAGAGCUCCUCCCUGAUCGAGCACCAGAGAAUCCACACUGGGGAGAAGCCCUACAAAUGUCCCCAGUGUGGCCGAGGAUUUUAUGUUAACUCCAAACUGGUCAAACAUCAGAGGAUCCACACAGGUGAGAAACCCUAUGCCUGCUCUGCCUGUGGGAAGACCUUCCGAUAUAAGCAGCAAUUCCCACGCCAUGUGGCUCAUGUGCAUCCUGGGGAGGACCAGGUUUCUGUACUUACCUUGAGCACCAGUGUUACUUUAGGCACAAGUGUUAAUAUGCUCCUUUCGUAGUGCCUAGAACAGCUCCUGGUUGGGCGGCUUCAGCUCCCCUUGAAGUUGAUUCUGCUGAAAAGCAAAUAUGUUGCCAAAUGAGGUAGGUCCAUAAACUUUCCAAUCUAGCAUCUCAUUGCUGAAUUACUAAGCAGUUACUCUGAUCUCUAAAAGAAAUACUUAGAUUACCAUUAUUACAGUAAAAACUGGGUGGUUUUUAGAGGAGCUGCUUCUCAAAACCAGGAGAGUUCCUUUAUUAGCAAACAUUUUGAAAAAGAAAAGACAAAAUGAUAUUGUGAGUCUCUUUAUAUUAAGACUAUUUACAGUAUUAACUAAGAAACAGCCAAAUAAUAUUUCAAGGGAGUUGCUUAUUAUGAAUUUUGUGGAAUUUACUCAGACAGUACAUUUCUGAUAACAUCUGGAACAAAGAGUCUUAAAAUCCCAUCUACUAUUAUGACAACCUCUUUAUUUGUUUUCAAGAAAAUCCCUGUGUAGAUGAAUAUGACGUCUUGUGGGUAUCCAUCUUGUUCAAGAGCUAACAUAGUUUGACUGUUGAGACUUUUACAAUAAUCUCGCUAAUGUCUCUACCUGAUUAUCACUGUGGAAUCCAUCUAGUAAACCUUUCUUUUAGAGGCAUAUCAAAGCUCCCUGACUAUCCAAAAGUCAGUAGUAUUGAUCACCUGGUGUCUUGGCAACUUGUUUGAUAUGUUCCAGAUGUCAUGUUCUGUUUGGUGCAGAUAAAACAGUUGUGUAGAGCAGGAACAUCCCUUAGGCUGAUGUCCUCUCUGUUUUUUGUUUUAUUUUGUUUAUUUUGAGAGACAUCUCAUUGACUCAUCUCAAGGCAUGGACAACUGACAAAGUAGCAGCCUCCAGACAGACAUGUAAUUACUAGAACAGCUUUCCCUAACUUGGAACCCUCCAGAUGCUUUGUACUUCAGCUUCUAUGCAUUCUCAUCAUUAGCUAUGUCAGCAGUUCAAAACAUCUAAAGAUCACCAGAAGCUGGGGAAGGCUGUGCUGAAUUGAUAGAACUCCUUUUGAGUUAUGUGUAAAGGUAAAUGGAUGCAAUCCAGUCAAAACACAUUGCCCAUUGAUUUCAACAGAAGAGAUUAAAUAAUUUAUUCCAGCAAAACCAAUGAGUGUUUAAAAAUAAUGGUGGGCAACUUGUGCCCCUCCAGAUGUCAUUGAUCCAAGCUCUUAUCAUAUCACAGCACUCUGGAGUCCAACAAUGUCUUUGGAAGGCUAAUAUCUCCGGUGACUUUAAAAGUGAUGAACCUUUGGCUGGACUGUGCCUUUGUUCAGUCAGACUGAAAACUCUGUGUUAUCUUCUCACUCCUUUUGUGUUUUAAAGUUACGUGAACAAGAGGUCAUUUAUGCAUCCGUAUGAAUCCCAUUAAUCAAAGUGUUGAGGCUUUUGUCUCUUCCAGCUGUGGUCUUCCUUGCAUCAGAUUCACUACAAUCAGAUUUAGAUGGAACAAAAAGCUGCUAUACAGUUGAAUGAACAAGAGAUAUGCUAUAUCCUGUUGUUCAUUUUAUUGGAAGUUAUUUCAUCUGGUGGAGAACAAGAGCAGGCAGAAUUCACCUGUGAUGAAGCCACCAGGUAAUCAUGACACCUCAGAUAUGUCUCAAACAAAAUAGUUGAAACUGGAUUUUACCACAUUGGGUAAUACUUUUGAGACAGAAAAUCUUACAUUAGACUGUACACCAGUAAGCCUGUGAUUCCACAAAGGUUCCUGUCAUGGAACUUGGUCUAUUUGGACAAUUGAAAUUGGGAUUGGUAAAAUCAAUCCAGCUCCUGAUAUGGGACUCAUCUGGAAGAACAUUCACAUGGAAGAGGGAAUGACAGCAUUAUCACACUCCCAUUUUGGUUAAAGUAACAGCAACAGUAACAGGACAAAGUUCUUUCAUCAAGCUGAAGCUUUCAAAAAUUAUCCAUGGGGAUAUGCCACUGACCAAAGUGUGAACUGCCGUGUUCUCUCUGCUGAUUUCCAUAUACGCAACCCUGAAAUAAUUGUGCUACCAAGUGAUUCUGCUGGAAAACCGGAAAAAUAUUUCCAAAUUCAUUUGCUGUGUAUCAUCUCAGUGUUGUGCCUCCACCGUAACACUACAUAGAACUGUUAGCUGCUUCAUUGCUACCUUAAAAAUAGUACCACUACAACCAGCUGCCAAGAUAUACAGGAAUAUCUAUAGUAACUGUCAAAUUAUGGGAGGGUACACACCUCCAGUGUUGUAUAACUUACAUGCUGAUGCUGUUUAUGUGGCAGUUAACGAAAAAAAGUGUAGUGCUUUGCUCUCAUAUACCCAGAAACACUGAGGUUAAAGUGACAACAAAGGCACUUCUUCAGGCACUUAACUGAUUACUGCUGUGUUCCAUGAGUAUAUGCAGUCAUCUUUGAGGGCAUGAGUCUCUUCAUCUAUCUUUUAUGCAAAUAUUUUUUAAAAGUCUAGCAGACUGAUUAUAAACACUAUCAAAGCAAUAAACAAUCAUAGCGUAUAACACAAACGAUUGCAAAUCAAAUGAAAAAGAUGACAAUUCCUACAAAUAUUUGAGGAACAUCUACAAAUUUAAAUAUAGCUCAGCUUACCAUAGUAUUACCUGGUCAAAACCUCAUGGAAGCAAGAAGACUCCAAACAUUUUGCACCCAAAAGAAUCAAGGUUUGUGCUUAACCACAUGGAUUGAAUCACUGUUUGUAUUUAACAAAGAUUAAAGCCUUAUUUUUAUUCCUCUUGGGUUUAGUCUGCACUGAUGACAUAAUGCACUUUGGCACCGCUUUAACUGCCAUGGCUUCAUGCAAUGGGAUUCUGGGAUUUGUAGUUUUGUGAGAUAUCUAGCCGCCUGUGUCAUAGAAUCACAGAGUUGCAGGAGACCC